AGGGCGAGACAGUCCCUCGGCGGCCAGGCCAUUGAGACCAGCUGAUCGUGGCCGUGCUGGGCAGACAUGGCCUUGGUACGCUGCUCCUCCCUGUGCCGCGGCCUGGGCGUGCAGAGACAGGCCCUGCUGGGGUGCCGGGCCGUGCUGGGGGGCGUGGCGCGGCCGUGCAGUGGCCCUGGCAAGGAGCUGGGCUCUAACAUAACGCGGCGGGAGCAGCAGCAACAGAAGGGGCAGGACAGCGGUGCCACUUACGGAAGGAUCGGCCGAGCCGGACUCACUGACCACAAAGUCAACAAACUUGAAAGGUACAUCUUAGUCUGGGGUGGAAAAUUCAAGAGCCUUGAUGAAGUUCCAGUUUUUGUAAGCCAAGACACAAUCGAACGUGCUCGUAACAAAGCCAGAAUCAAAGUCAACCUAAUGAUGGUUGCUGCAACCUUGGUUGGUUGUUUGGUUAUGAUCUACUCAGGAAAGAUGGCUCGGGAUGCUGGAGAGUCGGUCGUCAAGAUGAAUCAGGAUUGGCACAAGAAAAUCAAUGAAGAAUAUAGGAAGUCCAUCGACAAGAAGGAAGAAUAAUAUUUUGUAUACCAUGACUUCAUAUCCUAACAGUCUUUCUAAAGUAAGUAUUUGCAACCCAAAAAUAAUAUGAAAAAAAUGGUGCAUUUUGUAUGAACACAACCUCAGCCUAAAACUUCAUAUCUGCCCCUCUGGCUCCUGGACAGUUAAAAUCUUUCUUACCAGAUAAUUGGUUUGAUAUUUUGUAAUGUAGCAUUUGAUAUAUAUAUAUAUAUAUAUAUAUAUAUAUAUAUAUAUAUAUAUAUAUAUAUAUAUAUAUAUAUAUAUAUAUAUUAUAUAUAUACAGUAAACCCUCGAUAUAACAGACUAAUUGGGGGGGGGGGAGGGGGGGACUAACUAGUCCGUUAAUGCUAAAAGUCUGUUAUAAACGGCAGUAAUUUGAAAAUAUGUAUAAUAUUACCGAUGAACCUAAUAAACGUAGUUAUAUAUUUUUUUUAUUGUGUAUGUUGUCUGCACGUUAUCUGUAUAGCUGCACAGCACACUAGGCGAUGGACUGCGAGUCACUGAGGCUGCCAGAUUGGCAGUGGGCCCCAGUGGGGGGGCCACAUUGUUAUGGGUAUGGGUAAAAUUUUAAAAGUACACCUAUCGCACUGGCAGACAAAACUUCUUUUUUUUUCUGUGUGCUAUGAAAUAAUCUGCUAACUGUUUGUCACAAAUCGUUGACUUUUUACUGCCUGUUGUACACCCGCCACCGCUGCAGUUGCAAAAUUGCUUGCAGAGAGGGGUUCAGCUUGCUUAAUUAAUGUUUCUAUAUUUCACACACCACUCACAAUGAUCACAAGUUGACAAACUAAAUCAAAAUCAGGUAAAUUAAUGUUUAUCCUUCUGUGCACCUAUUCUCCCAGUGCGCAUGCAUGGUGGAUAGCAGAACGACUUGUUUCUGCAAGGAGUUAUUUCUCACAACACUGGCCCGCAUAGUGGGCGCCCCUGCCCUGUCCUGUCCUGCGAUGCCCAUUUCCACUACCCCACACUAUGUGCCUAAUAAAUUCAAUCUAACCAAACCUAACUUAACCUACCUAAUGGGCAACCCCUUAAGCUGUGUCAGUACCAACACUCACAAACACUUGGGUAUAUUCCAUUAUAUUUACAUCCUGGAUUGAUGCAUAAGACUUUCUUGUGGUGUAAAUACUUUCAUUUAAAUGGCAACCACAAGGAGGCAAAUAUUUUAUCAGGUGUGCUGAAAAAGACUACUGAAACCGAAGGAUGGACAGCAGGUAAGGCAGGCGGACGAGGUGGCAAGCAGACGAUGUUGUAGUUACCGGGCACAGUUGGUUCAAAAACUAUUCUCGGUCGGUCCCCGUGGAUUUCUGACCCUCUGACCCUGUUCGUUUUAUCCGAAACCAUUAUAAGCAGGUCCGAUAUAUCGAGGGUUUACUGUAAGUAUAUAUAUAUAUAUAUAUAUAUAUAUAUAUAUAUAUAUAUAUAUAUAUAUAUAUAUAUAUAUAUAUAUAUAUAUAUAUAUAUA